AUGUCAAAUGUCACUGACUCUUCUUCUUCUACUCUUAUUGUGACGAUUCAUACCGAAUCGUCCACCAACUUACCUAUGGGAUUCAAAUUGAAUGGAUCCAACUAUGAGAUAUGGGCUUCGAUGAUCGAACUUUAUGCUACUACACAAGGCAAAUUGGGUUACCUGACUGGCGACACUAAUGCCCCUGAUUCCAAAGACCCGAAAUUUGGGAAGUGGAAAAUUGCUAAUGCUGUUGUGAAAAGUUGGAUGCUGCGAACUAUGGAACCCAGUUUGUUGAAUAUGUUUCAUACUCUACCUACUGCUAAGGAAAUUUGGGAUGUUGCUACUCGUCUCAAGCAAGAGGGUCGUCAUGUCUCUACAUAUUUUUCCGAACUUAAGGCAAUCUGGCUUGAAUUGGACAAGAGACGUCUUUUUCAGAUGAAGUGUGCUGAUGAUAUGAAGACUUUUCAGGCUGCUGUUAUGGCAGAUCGUGUGUAUGAUUUUUUGGUUGGCCUUGACGAUACUUAUGACAAGGUCCACAAUGAUAUUCUACGAAGUGAUAAAGUUCCAAGUAUCGAAAAUGUAUUUUUUAUGGUUCAUCGAGAGGCUCAACGCCAGAUUACUAUGCUUGGAUCCGGUACCAAGAUUGGGGAACCUGCUGUUGUGUUUGCUUCUAAAAACACUGCUUUGGUUUCUCAGCGUACAAGGUCUAGAUCUUCUGCUAUUCCGCCUCGUCGCCUGACUUCUACAGAAAAAGACAAACUGAAGUGUGAUCACUGUGGUGAAAAGAGACACACUAUCGACACCUGCUGGGCAUUGCAUGGGGUACCAAAUUGGGAGAAGGAGCGGAGAUGUUUAAAAAAGGAACAACUAGAUAGAAAAGCUCAUGUGGUUGUUGCCCCCACUUCUGUGGCUGACAUCACCACUAGGCACGCCCACCUUACUGCUACUCAUCCUCCGACUUUGACCACCGUCUCAAGCACUCCAACACCUCCGCCUUCAUGUAACUUUGGCAAGGCUUUCCAUGUCCAUGAUACCCGAGAUACAUGUUGGAUUAUUGAUUUAGGAGCUACUAACCAUAUGACGUAUAAUUCUACUUUAUUCUUUACUACUUUUCCGCCUCAUUGUGAUCAUGUUCUGACUACUAAUAAUGUUGCUGCUCCUGUCACGGGGGGUGGUUCUAUACUCUUGACACCUGCUUUACCAUUGGACAAAGUGUUACUGGAUAUCCAAACCCGGGAGAUAUUUGGUCGUGGUACUAAAAAAGGGAGCUUUAUUAUGUGGAUGAUGUGGCAACUAGUCGGGUUCUUCGUGCUGGUAGCGCCGAAACUUCUCAGCAUCGCCGAAUUUGGUUGCUACAUUACCGAUUUGGUCAUGCCUCCUUUGGAUAUUUAUGGCAUUUGUUUCUUGCAUUAUUUAGUGGUGUCAACGAGUCUGCUUUCCAAUCAAAGAGUCAAGGUUUUUCGAUCUGACAAUGGUGGAGAAUUUGUUAAUUUGGCGUUAUCCCAUUUUUUUAACACUAAGGGUGUACUCCAUGAGACUACUUGCCCUCAAACACCACAACAGAAUGGGGUUGCUAAACGUAAAAAUGGGCAGAUCCUUGCUGCUGCCUGUGCUUAA